AGUGACUAGAACCAAUUAAAAGGAAUCAAUCAAUCCAAUAUAACAUCAUCAUGACUCUCACUCGUGUCCUUACCACAUUCCCAUAUUCCCAUUCCAAUCAUCAUUCUCAACCAGUUCUCCACAUCAUCUCAUCAUCACAAGCUUGUCUUAUACUAAAUCAAAGAUGUUCACUCUUACCAAACCAUCUCAAACUCUUCCAAAUCUAAACAAAUUCAAUCAAUCUAAACUAAUCACCAAGAAUCCAUAUGAUGGUCAUAAACCGCACCAAACCCAAAUCUUUUCAUUCGAUUCUUCUUCAUCACCUAUCACAACACCUUCACCUAUCAAUACACUUUCUUCUCCAAUUCCAAUUCAUCAAACCCAGCCCCAUGAUGAAUUCCUUCUUGAUGAAAGAAACCGAAUACCAAACUUAUUCUGAGAUAGAAUUAGAAGAAUCUAUUGAAGAUCAUCAAACGAUAUCUGAUCAACAAGAAGAAGAAGAAGAUGAAGCGAUGAAUUUUGCAUCAAACAGUACAACAUCCUUAAGAGAACCGUCACCAGAUUCGAGUGUAUUAUUUGAAAUCCCAAGCCAGAGUUCAUCAGAAACCGAAGACCUACCGAUCCUUUCGAAUGAAAGUAUCAAGAUUGUUUCUGAUUCGAUCAUCACUCUUGCACCGGUGAUUGCUCAAACCUUGUGUAGAUAUAGAGCUCAAUUAAAUGAAUGGGAAAAUGGUUCAAGAGUAGAUGAACCGGUUUGGAAGGCUAGUUCGGUUCUUGAUCAGUGUCUUUUGAGAACUGUGAUGGUGCUUGAACCGGUUUGGAAUCAGUGUGUGAAACCUUUGAUGGCUCUUCAGAAAGAGUUUAAGACCCUUCAAGUCGAUCAUCAGUCUUUUGAUGAUCCAGACUCAAAUUUACUUUAUUUAAACAAAUUGAUGAAAUUAAACGAUUCGAUAUCCAUCAUCAAAGAAAACCUGAGCGAUCUAUCCAAACACAUAAACGAUCUAUACGACUGGAUCGACGGCUUCUUAACCCCAAUCUUAGCCGAAUUAUCACAAGGACCAGAAGACGAGCUAAACCAAAGUGACCACGAAUCAGACCAAAGAUCAACUCAAGUUUCAAUCUUACUAGAUGCUCAAUCAUAUCUUUGUAUUGCAUUAGAUUCGUUAGCUACUAAUUUAAAUUUGUUUAAAGUUUCGUUUUGUAAACUUUGGAAUGGAUUAGACGAGUUUAUGGGACGGUUUGAAGGACAGAUUGGGACGGGAAAUCGGUUGUGUUUUCAACAGGUUUGGAAGUCUUUGAGGUCUUAUGAUCUUUCUUGUUUGUGCUUUAUUCAUAGUCUUUCGGUCUUGGCUUCCGUUUCGAUGGUUAUUCAAAAUGAUACAAUCGGAACUUUACAUAUGAUUUCUUAUCAAGCUUGAUUUUUUGAAACUUUUUUCUUGGUUUGAUUGUAUACAUUUGUUUUUGAUUGGUUUGUAAAGAUUGUUUGGUUUUUAGAUAUGGACUUUGAGUUGAUAUGUUACUUUUAAAAACGGUAUUUGAUUCAUUUUGGGUUUUAUGAUAUUUUUGUAUUGGUUUGUAAACAAGAGUUUAUUUUUGGGUUGUAGCGUUGAGGAAUCUAAUUUACUAAAAC